ACCACGACAACGACGACGACAACGACGACGACGACGGCUUUGAAGCAGCACAUCACAUCGUUUUUGAGGGGAAAAAAAGAUCAGAUUCUUCAGUCGUGAGCGCAGCUGACUAGAGACCUGGUCCGGCAAAUGGUUGCUUCUAUAAAGGGGAAUUAUUGUUAUUUGCUUUGAUCUCAUUGAUCGCAGUGAUUCGAACGUGGGAAAAAAGCCGUGACGAGAGCAUUUUUGACGAAGAUCUACUACCUCCUUCAUCGUCUCUGCUGCUAGAAUCUCUUAGAACAUCCAUCGAGUGUGUAUGCACGGGUUCCCAGAGCUAAUAUAGUGUGACUUACUUCGUCAGUAGCAGUGGUGUUGGUGGUGUUGUUGAUGUUGUUGAUGUUGUUAUUAUUGUCCGUUGGUUGGUUGGUUUUUGGUGAAGUGUUGUCAAAGCCAUUGAAGAAUUCCAUGUGACAGAAUGGUUGGAAACUGUGCCACCAUCCAUCCCAUUAUGGAGUUGUUCACUCGUGGUAAUUGUCCGGGAAAAGAACUCAUGGAUUAGGCAUCAAAUCAAUCGGAGGCAUUGAUCCAAAAUUCCAUCACAUCGCCAAGCUGUUCUCUCAAGGGCAUUUUGGGUAACGCCAUGGAGUGUCUGUCAUGCUUGCAUCAGGUAAAAAGCUUCCAUGUCAAAAUUCUGCUCCUCGACAAGCAGGAACUCAUCCAAGAGGUGACGGGCAAAAGUAGUGGUCAAGACCUCUUGGAUGUCAUCUUCAAGCACCUCAAUCUCUUGGAGACGGCCUACUUUGGACUUCGGUAUCAAGACACCACUAAUCAAACACAUUGGUUGGAUCCUAGUCGGAAGGUUGGGGAUCAACUUCGUGGAAUCUCACCCAUUACUCUUUACUUGGGAGUAAAGUUUUAUGCGGCCGAUCCAUGUCGUUUGGUGGAGGAGAUCACCCGAUACCAGUUCUUUCUUCAAGUCAAAUCGGAUGUCCUUCAAGGUCGACUUCCGGUGUCCCAAGAUCUGGCCAUUGAGUUGGCCUCAUACGCCCUUCAAUCUGAGCUGGGUGAUUAUGAUUCCUCUCGCCAUUCUCCUGGGUACGUGUCCGAAUUCCGGUUCGUUUCCUCGCAAACUGAGGAAAUGGAGGACGAUAUUGAGCAGACUCAUCGGAAACUCCAGGGUAUGCUGCCUUCGGAGGCAGAAAUGGCCUAUUUAGAGAAGGUCAAAUGGUUGGACAUGUAUGGCGUGGACUUACAUCCUGUGGUGGGUGAAGAUAACAUCGAAUACUACCUGGGUCUGACUCCGAGUGGAAUCAUAGUUCUCAGAAAUCGUGGGAAAGUUGGGAAUUACUUUUGGCCGAGGAUUGCCAAAAUAUACUUCAAAGGCCGCUUCUUUAUGCUUCGAGUUAGAGAUAAACACAAUGAUGAGAGCACGUAUGGUUUUGAAACUCCUUCUCGGCAAGCUUGCAAGCAUCUUUGGAAGUGUUGUGUGGAACAUCAUGCCUUCUUUCGUUUGGUCCAGGUAUCCCCCUCAUUUGGAGGCACUGGUGUCUUCUCACUGGGCUCUAGGUUCCGUUUCUCUGGCUCCACAGAAAAACAAGCCCUUUCGCAAGUACAAAGCAUUCGACGCCCGCCACCCAACUUUUCUCGCCGUCCCAGCACCCGCUACUCUCGACGUAAUGGGCAGCCAAGUAUGCCACGAGAUCAACCUGAUGGCCAAGCCGACGACCAUCCCAAUUCUUAUGAAGAUGGGUCUGCCAAACACAUUCUCAAUGGAUCGCUUCACCGAAACGUGGUCGGCAAGAGGUCUAACGGAAUAUUGCCCCAUCGAUCCACUUCAUCAUUGCCUAGGAAUGUUUCGCUCCGAAACCGAGCCAUAGGUUCAACAGGGAGACCGGACCUCGUGGAUCAAGCUGGACCCGAGGAGAGCCUACAAGAUCUCUCUCUCCAAUCGCUACAAUGGUUGGAGAGUCGAGGAUUGUAUGGAACGCACCGAACGAGAGGAAAUCGCCGUGGUUCAACGUCAGAAAUUGGAACAAACAAUUUAGUCAACACUCACGUCAGCCAUCGUGUACCAUCGAGGAAAUCUAUGGGUAAUGCCUCGGACAAUGAAAGCGAGGCCAGUGGAGUCUCACUGACUUCGGGUCUUCAUCCUCACCAAAGACGACGACACGAAUCCGGAUCAGAGUCCGAGAAAACCAGUCGACGCACACAUCGCAGUCGACGGAAAAGGCAAGGCAGUUAUAAAUUGGUGGAAUCUGAUGAGCAAUGGCAAGCCAUUCAGCAGCAACGGUCCUCUAACCAUCGCGGUCGGUCGAGUUCCAGAGCAUCCGGUAUUGGUAUUCAGGAGGCUGGUGUUCGUAAAUCGGGAUAUAUGAAUAGCGGGGCUGAAACUGAAUCCGAAAUGACCGCCGUGUCCUCGUCCAUGCGUCGAACGAGACGUCGUCAAAGAUCCCGGUCCAGAUCACCGGCCUCCGAGGCCAGACAUCGUCUGCCCGCAGAAGUGCUUCAACACGUGGAAUUUGGACUGGUGGAACCUAAUUCUGAUUCUGUCAAAGGGGAGAUUCCCUUCACCAACGUGGAAACUGCCAGACCAGUUAAGCUUAGAGGCUAUGGGAGUCCAACCACUCCGUCUGGUUCUCAAACCCCGGUAACUGGUGAACGGAGAAGUCGGCACAACUCCGGUGGAACCACGCAGUCCCGAACCAGAAUCCAUGUUCCAGCCGGUUCAAUGUCAGAGGUGUCGUUUCCUAACUCAAUGUCCAGUCAAAUGUUUCGUCCAAAUAUGAACAAGAGUUAUACGGACUCCUUUGAGCACCCACCCCAAUCCUCGUACCCACCUUUAGGACUUCCUAUGCCCACUGCUAUGAUGGGCAAGCCUACUGCCGUUGCCAUAUCCAACCCUGCCCAAGCCUCGACGUUCCACUCAUUUAGCCAAGGGCCUCCCAGUGGAACUUCCGGUGUAAUUUCCGGUGCCCACUUCAACAACUCGUCUUCGUCUUCCUCGAGUGCCAUGAUGAUAAAGUCUUCAGCUGCCGUGACCACGACUGCUGCUCUCGCAUCCUCCCACCAAGUGGGAUUGCCAGGAAUAUCCGUUCCAUCAUCAUAUCAUAGUGUGCCUUCUUCUAUUUCCGGAUUACCAUCUCAAACCAACGGAUGGUACGAUAGCAUGAGCACUGGGAGCAACAGCUUUGUGAUGGCACAAUCCCUCAUCAAUCAGCACCACAACCAUACCUCUUAUCCACAUUCAGUGCAACAAGGGCUUGGCAGUUACGACUAUCAAAAUGAUAUCAAGUCGUCCACUCCAUUGGCUGGAACUGUUAAUGCUUCGUUGUCGGAAUCGAGGAGUUUUGGCAAUUCAUCCACGACACCGGGAAAGUCGAGAGAUUGGAACUCGCCAUUUUCAAAUCCAAUCCAACCUCAGGCUCAAAGCAACACACCGACCCCCACAAAUGGACCGUGGAACAAUAUCCCGAGUAAGCCUCGACGCUAUGAACCCUCAGGCGAUGAGAUGAGCACAGAAUUGUGAUUUGAUCCCAGAUUGUUGAUGAACUUGAAUAAAUAUACUAAAA